AUGGAUGGAGAUACUUACGCUAGCAUUAGUAAUACUAGUGAAUUAUCUACUUAUAAUACUUACUCUAUACGUUUCUUAUGGAGUCGGCCACUUACUUCUUCUGGCCAAGAACUACCCACUAAUACUAACCCAAUACUAUCCACUAAUACUAACUCAAUACUAUCCAAUCCCAUGCCCUCCCAAAUACUCAACCAACAACUAAGCCAAAAGCAAAACCAACCAAUUCGAACUACUCCAACCAAUACUAACUCAACUCAACUCAAUACCAACUUACCCUUACAUAACAUUAACCCACUCUUACAUAACACUAACCAAACACAACUCAAUCCCAACCUACCCCAACACAACACCAACUUAACUCAACCCCACACUAACCAAACUCAACUCAAUACGGGCCUCUUUCGUGUCCAAGUCCAACACCGCAUCUCUCCUACUACUUAUGCUAUCUCUGAUAUCUCCGGAGAAGGUCUUCUCUCCCUACAAGAACUACCCCCUCAUCUCUUAACUAACCUAGCUGUAUCCCUAAAACGUAAGUACAACAAAGCCUCUCUUAUCAAACGAGAAGUUCUAGUCCUGGGCCAACUUGUUCCACCGGCUAAUCCCUCCUCAAUACCUCAUCCUAACCCUUCCCCGGCCACCACAGACCAUAAUCCAUCCCAACCCCUCUUAAUCGCUACCUAUAUCUCUCUCUUCUCCUUCAAAACAGCCCUACAACUCCUUCUACCAGAGGAGAGGCUUUAA